AUGAGCUUUGUGCGCCAAGAUAUGGAGCUUGAUGAGCUUCUGAACUACGUGCAUAUUAAUGAUAAAUGGUUUUAUCUCACCAAGACGAGUCGUACGUACUAUCUUGUGCCCAGCGAAAGUGACCUCGAACGAAAGUGCAAGAGCAAACGCUUUUUGACCAAAGUCAUGUUCCUCACAGCCGUUGCGCGACCGCGGUUCAACGAUGACGACGGGACAUGGUGGACAGGCAAAAUUGGCACGUGGCCGUUUGUCGAAACAGUGCUGGCACAGCGCACAAGCUCGAACCGCCAUGCAGGAACGCCAGAAACAAAACCCUUGGUCGUGACCAAAGAUGUGUACCGGUCCUUCUUGAUCAACAAGGUGUUACCUGCUGUGGUCAAGGUAUGGCCGCAGUCAAACGUUCCCAUCAUCAUUCAACAUGACAACGCUCGCGCCCACGUUACGACGUCCGACAUUCAACUGCGAGCGGAGUUCGACCGCUACAGCACCCUGG